GGCUCUAGCUCCCCUCUGGCGGCCAUCGGUCCGUGCCGGGAGCAGGUUGAAUGAAGCACCCUUGAGAGGGGCCGAACGUCGACAAUGCAGAGUCUCAUCAUGGAGCCGGAGCCGAAACCCCAACGCAUGGAGCCACUGAAGUUUUUGCCGGUGGUUUUUAUGUUCGCCACCAUCCUAUUCCUGUAUGUGGCCUAUGUAGUGCAGCACUGCAUUCCCCGCCCCCAACUGGAUGUGGACCCGAAGCUGGUGGACAAGGACAUUAGGGCCCGCGGGCAGUUGGAGUUGACGGUCUUCCAUUGGGUGACCGCUCUGAUGACGGUCUGCUACGUCCGUGCGAUGUUCACCAGCCCGGGCACGAUUCCUUCGGAUGACAAGAACUGGGAGUAUCAGGAGGACUACUUCAGCUUCCUGCCUAGCUUUCUCAAAGAGACGAAGAGGAGUGGAGACAGGCGGCACUGCAAGUGGUGCAGCAAGUUUAAGCCUGAUCGCACUCACCAUUGCCGCGUUUGUAGACAAUGCACUCUGAAGAUGGACCACCACUGCCCGUGGAUUUACAACUGCGUGGGAUACUUCAACUACAAGUGGUUCUUCCUUCUGCUUUUCUACUGCAUGAUCAAUCUGCAUUUGAUCACAUGGACGAUGGUCGAGACUGUCUGGCGAGUUGUCGAAGUUCCAACUCCACUGUUUGCCAUGUUCAUCGUCUUCUUCACUGAGACGUUGGCGGCGUUCAUGACGCUUUUGGUGACGCUCUUCUUUUUCUUCCACUGCUACCUGGUGGUCAACGGGAUGAGCACCAUUGAGUUCUGUGAAAAGGUGAUGCCCAAGGGAGAGGUCAACGAGAUUCCAGAGAAUGUGUAUGACCUCGGCCUCUAUGGCAACAUCUCAGCGGUCUUGGGCGACAAGGCUCUCCUGUGGUUGCUUCCCGUGAAUGGGCCUCCGGGCGAUGGCUUGACCUUUCUUUCGGCCACCGAGAAAGUGGCCUAUGAUGACUUGGAGGCAACGAAGACUGUGCUGCGAAAAGGCAACAAAGGGAGGCCACGACAGGAACGUGGAAUUUGUGGCGGUGCCGACGGGGAAGGUGUGUGCUGAGAGACGACUCAGAGACGACGGUCGACAUGCGAGAAAAGGAGGCUUGGAUCGGAG